ACCCUAAACAUACAGAUUUAACAAUACAAACCCACCACCAAACAUAGAUCAAAAUGGCUAAUGAAAGAGAUCUUUUGUCGACGGAGAUUGUCAACCGUGGGAUAGAGUCUUCCGGCCCAAAUGCUGGCUCUUUGACAUUCUCUGUUAGAGUAAGGAGAAGGUUGCCAGACUUCCUCCAAUCAGUUAAUCUUAAGUAUGUGAAGUUGGGUUAUCAUUACCUCAUCAACCAUGCCAUUUACUUGGCUACUAUACCUGUUUUGGUUCUUGUUUUUAGUGCUGAAGUUGGUAGUCUUAGUAGGGAAGAGCUGUGGAGGAAGUUAUGGGAAGAUGCUCGUUAUGAUCUUGCCACUGUUCUUUCUUUCUUUGGUGUUUUAGUUUUCACAGUUUCUGCUUACUUUAUGUCUCGACCAAGGUCCAUUUAUCUACUUGAUUUUGCUUGUUAUCGCCCUCAUGAUGAUCUCAAGGUGACCAAGGAUCAGUUCAUGGAGAUGUUAAGAAAGUCAGGGAAGUAUGACGAGGCAAGCCUGGAAUUCCAGAAGAGAAUAUUACAAUCAUCAGGAAUUGGAGAUGAGACCUAUAUUCCUAAGGCAGUAAUGCUACAAGAGAAUUGUACAACCAUGAAGGAAGGUCGUUUGGAGGCCUCAUCAGUCAUAUUUGGGGCACUUGAUGAACUCUUUGAGAAGACAAGGGUCCGGCCAAAGGACGUUGGAGUACUAGUAGUCAACUGUAGCAUCUUUAACCCAACACCAUCACUCUCUGCCAUGGUAAUAAACCACUACAAAAUGAGAGGUAACAUCUUGAGCUACAAUCUUGGUGGAAUGGGCUGCAGUGCUGGGAUUAUUGCGGUAGAUCUGGCCCGAGACAUGUUGCAAGCCAACCCCAACAACAUUGCUGUGGUUGUUAGCACUGAGAUGGUGGGAUAUAAUUGGUACCCAGGCAAGGAACGCUCCAUGAUGAUUCCUAAUUGCUUUUUCAGGAUGGGUUGUUCUGCUGUCCUAUUGUCGAACAGACGACGAGACUACAGGCGUGCCAAGUACCGCCUUGAACACAUUGUUCGGACACAUAAAGGCGCUGAUGAUCGCAGUUUCAGGUCUGUUUACCAGGACGAAGAUGAACAAAAGUUCAAGGGACUAAAAGUUAGUAAAGAGCUCAUGGAAAUUGGAGGAGACGCCCUCAAAACCAACAUCACUACACUAGGACCUCUAGUCUUACCCUUCUCAGAGCAGCUCAUCUUCUUUGUCAGCUUGGUUUACAGGCAGUUAUUUGGAAACAAGAAAGGCUCAUUGUCAUCACCUUCCGCAAAGCCAUACAUCCCUGAUUACAAGCUUGCAUUUGAGCACUUCUGUGUCCAUGGAGCAAGCAAGGUUGUGCUUGAUGAGAUACAAAGAAAUCUUGAAUUGAGUGAGAAGAACAUGGAAGCAUCAAGAAUGGCACUGCACAGAUUCGGCAAUACUUCUAGCAGCAGUAUAUGGUAUGAGCUGGCUUAUUUGGAAGCUAAAGAAAGGGUGAAGAGAGGAGACAGGGUUUGGCAAAUUGCUUAUGGGUCUGGUUUCAAGUGCAACAGCCUUGUAUGGAAGGCCAUCAGACGUGUCAAGAAACCUUCUAGGAAUCCUUGGCUUCACUGCAUUGACAGAUACCCUGUGCAGCUUUAAAGGCUAGGAUUCAUUUGGGUAUCAAUGAAUCUUGGAACUAGACUAGCGCAUGUCUAUCUUUUAAUUCUUGUUUCUUUCAAUCCGAAGUUGUUGAAUCAAAGUUGGUACUCUCUGGAAGUACUUUCAGACAGAAAUUACGUUCAAAACUUUUUUAUUUUAAAACAAUGGAGAAAAUGUCCGAACUAAAAGUUUGUUGUCAAAUACAACGUGUACCCAAAUAUGUAAUUUAAUGAAGCUCUAAAAUUUGAAUUCAAAGCAAAGCCUGUGGAUGAAACAAGGAAUCAUGCAAAAAAUGCUACUGAUUUCCUUCAAGCUGUUCUUCUUGUCCUAGCUCUAACCAAAAAGGUUGAGCGAAGAGUUUAUUUUAGCCAUCUUCCUUAAUAUACUGCAAAAAUUUUGGUCACACCAAAAGCACUACUUUCUUGUAUUAAUAUACAAUUUAGCCUCAAACCUCUAUCGACUGCAAUAACAGAUUUAGGAAUUAAACAGCUUAAUGGCACCCAAAUAUCUCCUCAUAGCCUUAUCAUUACUAGUACUUUUACCAUGCAGCAUAGCAACUCUUACAAACGAAACAAAGAAUGCUACAGGACCCUCUGAUGCCAAGCUUCUAACUAAAGAUGUUAUCUACCUAACCAUCAAACAAAUCCGGCACACAAGAGAUUUCGUCCACUCGAUUCCCCGGCUCAGGAUUGUGAAACAUCAUCAAGUCACAAAAAGAAUUCAGACUUGCGUAUCGGGUUUGUUCGGUUGCUUAUCUGAUAUCCGGGUCGUCCUUUACAGACUAAGGCAUCUGAAAUCCAUCCGUCGAGAUGCUCAUCGUUUGAAGGUUUUAGUACCUCGCCUUGUAGGUUCCUCGACAGUGUGCCAUUUAGCUGAGAGGGAUCUAGGUGCCAUGAUACUGAAGGUACUGGACAUGAAAUUAGUGGAAAGCAAAUUGAUGCUCCUAGAUGUGCUCUAUCUCGUUUCUUUGCUGGAACUUGAAUAACUACUGCUAUUGCCCUGCACACUGAUUACUAUCAGGUUAAUAAGAAUUUCAAUCGUGGAAUAAGUUUCCUGUACUAUUAAUUAGAUCCUAAGAAAAAAAGCAAUUGCAAGGGAUUAUUUGAGAAAUCUGGAGAUUAGAUCUCAGGGAUUAUUCUCCUUAAACUGUUUUUGUUCAAAAGUUAUCAGAAUUGUAAGCCAGCACUAAAGUAUAUAAGCAAUUAUGUUAAUUAAAUGCAUUAUUCACACUAUGAAUUUUAUUA